UGUUGACAGGAGAAAGAGGGGGGAGGUGGAGGGAGACUGAAUUGAACUGGCCCGGUGAACACUUGCACCGCAGACCCCGCAGCAGGACAGCGGAGGCCCCGAGGAGAGGAGAGCACCGGAGGGCGGGAGACACAGGACCAACGUGGACCGGAUCGGACACCCACGGAGACACCUUGUGGUAUUUUGGAUACAGAGGGACACCGGGCGGGGAGGGGGGCCCGUAUGAUUCCUCUCAGUCCGGCUGUAACGAUGGUGGUGAUGCACCGACAACAGAGCGGCGGAUUCCUGCAGACACACUGCACCACAACCCCGCAACCGAGUGUGAGCUGCUGCUGCCCGGUCAGACUUGCUCGCUUCUCUCCAUCAGAGCCUCACCGACGCAUCACAGGAUCCCCACACCGAAGCUUGACCCAAACAACCGGGUAGCGGCUUACCUUGCAGGCUCCAUUCAUACUCCGCCCCGUCUGCGGGAUGAGACGGGGAUUUGCGGCGGGACGCAGAGAGCAGCUUUGAACCGCUUCACUGCACCGGGGGGGUUGAUGUGCAUGCACCGGCUGCUUUGAGCAAUAAGACAAGAUGUUGGUGCGAUGCUACCGGGGCAAGCUGUCGGUGUGGGCCGCUCUGUGCGUGCUGGUGCUUUGCUGGUUUUACAUUUUCCCCGUCUACAGACUCCCCCGCGAUAAGGAGAUAGUGGAAGAGGUGCUGAGGCAGGGGGAAGUGUGGCAGAAGAACCAGACGGGCAUCGAUUUGUACAGGAAGCUGCUGACAGAAUGCUGCGAUCCUCGGAGGAUGUUCGCAGUGACCAAGGAGAACUCGCCGAUGGGCAAGGUCCUGUGGUACGAUGGCGAGUUUUACCACUCGCACACCGUCAACAAUGAGACCUACCCGCUCUUUGUGCAGGACAACCCCCUGCAGCUGCCUCUGAAGAAGUGUGCAGUGGUGGGCAACGGCGGCAUUCUCCGGCACAGCAAAUGUGGACGGGACAUCGACCAGGCCGACUUCAUCAUGCGGUGCAACCUUCCACCGCUUUCAAAGGAAUAUGUGGAGGAUGUUGGAACCAGAACACACCUGGUUACAGCCAACCCCAGCAUCAUAGAGAAAAGAUUUCAGAACCUUCUGUGGUCCAGAAAAGCUUUUGUGGACAGUAUGAAGGUCUACGGCUCCAGCUACAUCUACAUGCCGGCUUUCUCCAUGAAGCCUGGCACCGACCCGUCACUGCGGGCGUAUUACGCCCUUGCGGACACAUCCUCCAACCUCACCAUGCUCUUUGCCAACCCGGAGUUCCUGCGCACGGUGGGAAAAUUCUGGAAGGCCCGCGGCGUGCACGCCAAACGCCUCUCCACGGGGCUCUUCCUGAUCAGCUUGGCCCUGGGGCUGUGCGAGGAAGUGACGGCCUACGGCUUCUGGCCAUUUUCCGUCGGCCUGGACGAGCAGCCGGUCAGCCACCAUUACUACGACAACAUCCUGCCCUACAAGUGGUUCCACGCCAUGCCUGAGGAGUUUGUGCAGCUUUGGCACCUGCACAAAAGUGGCACGUUGCGCAUGAGAGUGGGACGCUGCUCCCCACAGGAAGGAGGGAGUUAGAGCUUCUCAAUGAGUAAAGCGACAGCGGUCAGUUGAAGUUUAGUGGGCUACAGGAAGCAGAUGAAGACAUUGGGAUUGUGAAAUGGCAGGAAGUUGUCGCCAUGACAAAAAAUGGGUGCGCUUAUUUCCUCUGAGGAACUUCGGCACUGCGUCUGUGUCCAUACACACUCCUGCUGCCCCCCAAGCUAAUCCCUAAUUAUCAUAAGAAUGUCCUCCACCCAGACCAGCAGCAUCAGGGACAAAAUACACACUAACACAUGCAGCCAAACACACACACACACACACACACACAUUCCCAAAACUCGCCAUAUCUCCUCCCCUUGUUUCUGAAAUUGUGUGUGCAUGGAUGUUUGUUUGUGGAAAGCCUCAGCUGGGACUAAUAAGGGUGAAAAUGUGUGCGGCUGGAUUGGUUUUUUUCUGUUUUUUGUAAGAUGACUACUGUAUCUGACUGACAUAUGGGGCAGCUGGACCAAACCCCCCUCUGGGUCUUUGUCAAACACAGACAGAAGGAGUGGAGGACCAGGGGGAAUAAUAAAAGGCACUGAAAGACUUGCGAAAUGGGAGGAACAAGGGAGAGAUAAUGGUAUCCUGGUACCUAGUAGCUUGAAUAGGGCUGAAAUUUAAUGGAGGAAAAAAAAAGACUGGCAGGGGGGAGAAGGAGAGUGAAAGCUGGCUGGUAUGUGUAUGAAAGGAUUUUUCUCUCUGCUUUUCUUCAACCGAGCGCUUGAUUGGCAUUCUCUGGUGCCAAACCGAGCUUUAGUUCAAAGCGGGAGCCAUUAGAGAUGGAGUCUUAAGUACUAUAUAGCCUAGAAUGUUUAGCCAAGUUGCAUUUGAACCCUUCAGUGAAAAGGGAAAAUGAGUACACCCGGGCGUCCACGUAUUGUUUUUGCCAAAUGUGAUUUUCAGGAUUAAUGUGAAUUCUUUUUUAGGUUCAUCAGAGGCCAUGAAAAGAAGGGAGAAAGCGUUGACAACGUAUGUGUAAUCAGAAAUGAACAUUUGCUGCAAAAAAGACCUCACACAUAGGUACCUCACCUCGAAGUGGACAUCAUCACCAACAGAGUAUCCUCUACUACACAGUGUAGUGUCACGUAUCUGUUUUACGAACUUCAUGUCUUUUUACUUCCUGUCAGAUCGACAUUUCUUAGCCUCUGAUCUUAGUGAUCGCAGAGCUGUUUAAUUUCUAAAUUAAUUACUUUUUUCACAGCUAGCUUGUACAUAUUAUUAAUAGUAUUUACCGUUUGUGUUUGUACAUAGCGUUAUUGAUCAUUUUGAUAAUCACAGCAGUUUUUAAUAUGGUUAGCCAGUCAGCUAGCCUAACUAUCUACUAAAAUCAGAUUAUGUCAGCUCUAUGGAGCUUUACUGCUCACUUUAACAAGACAGUGUAUGUCCAUUAAUUUAAUAUAUUUGGCAGCUCUUCCAAGCACUGACUGUAUAAAAAAAAAAAAAAAAGGAACCCUAGCCCUAGCUCUAACACUAACGUUAGCUAAGCUAGCUAAGUUAACGGCGAGGUUGCUCAUAUCUAUAGAGCUUUACUGCUGGCUUUUGUGAGAUGGCUUAUGGCUUACGUUAGCUUAUCUUUGAGAAUCAAGCUAACGUUGGUGCAACACUGAGUGACAAACAUAACUACUUCAAUUCAGUUCAUUGAAUUUAUUUGUGACAUAAAAUCAUAAAAUAUGAUUUCAGUAAAAUGUACAGUAACAUUAUCUUCAUCCCGAUCUUCACUGAGAUGUUAUUUUUUCAGAAAAUAAUGGUAGUCUACUAAAACGUUAACAACACAAUACACAAAACAAACUAAAUAAUUUCAACAAUUUGAAAGUUACAAAGCUAACUUUGUAAAGUGUCGUCUGUCAAUUCUACCGUAAUGUUAUUAAUUUUGCCUCUAACCUUGUUAACCUAACUAUGUUUUGUACAUACAUAUUGGUAAUAUUAUUGGUCAAUAAUGGUCAACCAUUUUAUAUACGUUAUCGAUCAUUUCGUAAUCACCUCAGUGUCUUUGAUAGCUGUUAAUGCCAUUAGCUAGUCAGUCAAUGUAGCACCAAUGUAGCCUGAUUUUUGGCACUUAGCUAACGUUAGGUCACUGUUGCUCUUUUUUACACUUGGUGCUUGAAAAAUCAUCCAUUAUUUAAAAGGCCAAUGGCCGCUGGAACCCAGGACUUUUUAAAUCUGCCUGCGGCCUCAAGCCUUUGACCAAAUCACAGCCAUGAUGAUAUACAGUACAACAUCACUCCUUUUCGUGUGAUAUUGCUUAAGUGACAACAACUACCUUAAAUAACAGAAACCAUCUUUGGAAAAAAAUUGUCAAAAACAUGUCCCAUCCACUAACAUGGCGGGGGCAAAGUUUGUGACCAGUGGGUGAUUGAGAUGUUUCAGCUUCACCUUUUGAGAGCUGUCGUAUUGUCCAUCUUUAUAUACAUUCUAAGGAUAACCUUAAAUAAAUAAAUAAUAAAUAAAUAAUACUUUUAGCAAUAUGUACAAAGCUAACUGUAAAAAGCUAAGCCACUAAUUUAGGAAUGAAAAAGAACUGUAAUCACUCAUGUCGGAGGUGAAGGUACCGUUAUUUUAGAUUUGAUAGGAAGUAAACAGGUAUAAAGUUUAUGAAACAAUUAGGCUUAUACUUCACACUACAUUCUUUAGGCAAAGAAUUUGGUACGAUUCACUAUCAAGCAGACUCCUUAGGUACAACUGAACUGCUUCUUUAGAGGGGCAGUUACCAAGUCAUCUCUUAGUCGCUGUACUAUACUUGCCAAGUGCCAAGCCAAAGGAACAGUGGUCUCUUUGAUAGCUGCUCUCACACUGUCCUUGUGCUCUCAAAUGGCGAGACACUGAUUUAAAGAGAGUUAGUGACAGAAAAAAAAAUUGAUGUCACAAAGUGACAUUUUAAUGGCUUCAUUUUUGUUUUCUUAGAUACUGGACAGCUGGUAGGGUAAAUUAUUAUUUUUGUUCUUGCAGUUAUCAUUUUGCAUCCAAGUACAGGAAGAACUGAGCCUCUGUCCUGUGCGUGUUCAUUACAGUGAUUUUUUUUUUUUUUUGCACAAGGGAAAAACAACUCGCUCAUGUAGAAGCCAACACGACAGACACGACAGUUGUUUUUUUUUUGUUGUUUUUGUGCUUGCAAGCCUUGCAGAUGGAAAACUUGAUUUGAAAUUGUAUCUUUCUUUAAAAUAUGUUAUUUAAGAGUGAUAAAUGUGACCGUGCCAUAUUGUCAAUGCCGCAACAAAGGAUAACUCUGCAUGGAAAGUGCAUGGAGUGCACCACAAAAAAAAAACAAAAACAACAACCUCGAACUCAAGGUACAGAACAUGUCGAUAGUUUAGUGCUUUAUGCUUUUAUUUUUACUCCUUGUCUGUUAAACGGAAUAAGGUCCAGUGCCUUUUUGGAUGUAUUAAGGCACAAAGGAUCAUUCAAACGAGGGAUAGUUCUCGCUGACUUUCUUGGCCACACUGCGGAUCAAUCAAUAUGUCAUAGUGACCCCUAACAUCUUAUUACAUCAAAGAGAGCUGCACACUGCUGGACCAAGUUCAUGAAGUGAAGCAAAGUCUAAUCAUUUCAAGUCUAAAUGCACAUGUUGCUCUCCAGGACUCGAACUUGAUGAACACUUUGACCAAUUUGUUUUACUUAUUGUGAUGUGUCUUAUUUGCACCUUUUUAUUUUGUCUCUCCUGCCCAGUAUUGUGAAUGAGUGAAAUGUGACAUAGUGAGAAUUUUGAGUAAGCAUGAUGAUUUUUUAAACGUGUAUGUGCUUUUGGUACACAGGUUAUAUUUGUUUAUCUAUUUCCAUUACAUUCUGAUUCAUGCCCUCAUUCCAUCCUAUCUGAGUGAUUAAAGGAGCUGAGAUUUUCUUAUUAAAAGGGAGAUGAAUUUGUCAUGUAAAUAUUGGUCUAUUACUGUAAUGGCCAAUUAGUUUUAGAUCGCCAAGCAUUCUUUAAAAGUCUAGUUGUUCAAAAGCUACUUCUGGUCCAAAUAAACUGCAGUUGUUGCCAACAGAAAACAUCUCUGACACUGAGC